CAGGAGGUACCAAUCGUUAGGAUGGAUUUCGUCAAUCUGCUGCUGUUCUGCCUAAUGUCGUGCGUGAUCGGAGCGGUGGUUAUGCUGCUGAUCCAGUACUACGCCUUCGUACGAUACUUCCGCCUGCCGGAACUGGACCAAGAGCAGGAGAGUCAGCGAAGAUCGGCAUUCAGCGAACGAUACGUCCUGCCCGAUACGCUGCUGGAAAACAUCAAGGCACCGGAUCAGGAAAGCAAAUCCACAAUAAUGGCCAUCAAUCUGAUACUGCAAUUUCUGUACUUCGAGCUGCGGCAAUCAAAUCGCGUGCGAAAGUGGUUCCAUCGGAAGCUGUCGCUCGAGCUGGACGAGCUGAUAAGCAAAACGACGACGGGGAAACUGUUUGAUAAGCUAACGAUCCGGGACCUCGAUUUGGGCAGUCAGUUUCCGGAGAUAAAAAACUUUCGUCUGCAUGCGGUCGAUCUGCAUCCUGACGAGGGUCAUAUAGAGAGUUUGGAUGUGCUGCUGGAUCUUCAUUACGAGGGCAACUUUCGGCUGACCAUCGACGCAGAUAUGGUGCUAGGGAAGAAGGGAUCGUUGGCGCUACGGGUGAAGCAAGUGUCCGGACUGGCACGGUUACAGUUUACGCGCAAACCGUACACCCACUGGUCGCUUAGUUUCAUCAACGAUCCGAAGGUGGAGCUGGACGUGCAGUCCCAUUUCCAAGGCCGGCAGAUGCAAUCGAAUAUUACCAGCUUGAUCUCGAACCAGAUAAGGAAAGCGAUUCGCCGGAAGCAUACACUCCCUAAUUAUAAGUUAAGAUACAAACCAUUUUUCCACCGUGUGGAAGAGGAUUACGAACUCAACGAAAUCGUACCGAACGGAUCGCUUGAGGUGACGAUAGCUGAAAUUUCUCGCCUAAACGCUCCCAUCCGUACACUCACACACGUGUACUGUACGCUGACGCUGGCACACAUGCCCUGGGUAGUAGCACGGCAGCAGGAGGAUCAAAACGUAAUGAUCGUGUCACUUGAUAUCGAAAUACAUAAGGCCAAAAAUCAGCAGAUCGGCAUCGUGUUCAAGCAGACGGACCAGACGGUACUGAUUGAUGCUGUCAUACCGAACACACCGGCCUCAAAAGCGGAAUUGCGCCGCGGAGACGUACUGCUCUCAAUUCAGGGCAAACGCGUGACAAACAUCAGCCAGGUGCCGAAGGUGAUAAAGACACUUAACCGGCCAAUGUUUGUCCUUCGCAUCGAACGUCUCGUCCCCGGGCAGAUAAAGAAUGAUGGUCUGAUGGAAGAUUUUGAGGCCGAUUUUGAAGAGAUCGAUCCGAACCUAAACAUCACCUUUGUGAAGAACGUUGAAGCAGUUCAAAUCGGUGGCACGGGCGGAUCGGUUAUGCGCGAAAGAAAGAUUGUGCGGCGAAACUCCAAAGAUAAUAGUGGCGGAGAAUCGAGCCACUCGAACACACCCGGUACGACGCCGGUAAAAAAGCCGACCCUGGCUGGACGUGAUUCUAUCGUUCCUGGAGUGGUGGAAACGACGCCGAGAGGUAGCUUCUCGGAACCAAGUGGCAAGUCGAAGGGAAGCGUGGUGGAUUGUUAUCCGCAACAUUCGUCGGUUGAUGCGGAAUUUAAUUCCUUCAUACGGCUGGACGAUCCGUGCACGUUCCAGCUGAUGGAAAAGUAUUCCUAUUUGAACCUGAGCGUGUUUGGGAAGAAUAGCGAUGAAAAUCGGCUGCUUGGCUAUCUCAACAUCCCGAUCAACAGUAUUUUGGUGGAGUGUAAUGAAUCUCAUCUGGGUCAUCAUCUGAAGAAGUAUCCACUGUUGCCACCGGAAGCUAUCGAUGUAUCAAAUCAUCCUCUCUCGAUGCAGUCAGGAUUCGAUCAAAACUAUUGCUACGGCGAUGUGCUGCUCUCAUUCGUUUGGAACGGAAGUGCACUGGUCUGUUCCUCAGCAACACCCAGCAAAGGAUUGAGUAGCGAAAACAAGAAACAACGACUCAUCACUAUUAGCCGAGGAUCAGCCGACAAACUGGACGAUGAUCGUACGGAUGGUUUACUUGAGGUGAAGGCCACCUCGACCACCUUCCCACAGCUACCGACCGUUAUACAACCACAGCAGCAACACGACUUCAUCCGAACUCACUUUCACCGAACAACGCAAUGCGAUUACUGCGGCAAAAAGAUCUGGCUAAAGGACGCCGUACAGUGCCGGGACUGUGCAAUGUGUUGUCACAAGAAGUGCAUCAACAAGUGUCAAAGUUCGACCGUUUGUACAGCCAACGAGACAGCAGUAGGACCAGCACCAACAGCAGUAGAACGAUCCUCAUCUUCAUCUUCAACAACGACAACGACUGCGAGCACAGGAAGCGCAUCAGCAGUACCAGCGGUGGCCGGUUCCCUUCAGCCCGAGUUUAAAGUAACCGAACCGGAAUCACCAACGAUAGAGGUGGAAGACUUCGUGGACAUCGCCGAGGAGCAGCAGCAGCAGCAGCAGCAACAGCAGCAACAGCAGCAACAGCAGAUCAUCUCGAAAACGAAGCUUGAAACACAUCGCCAAAGUUUCAGCGAUCUGCUCGUCCAGGGCCUAAAGCGCGUCAAUUCUGCAAACAAUCUUUCCAUCCCGACGAUGGGUGGGUUAAACCCGAGCAGCAAAAGUUUACCGCCGACACCGCAGCACACACCACGCAAACAAUCGCUUGCCAGCGUGAACGCCAAUCCGUUCCUGCUGGUAACGCAGCGACUCGAAAGCUUACCGGAGGAUGUUAACGAGCUGAAUAUGGAGCAGAUUGUGGAACUGACGGCACCGCUUAUCGAGUACGGACCGUCCGAUACGCUGAUGGCACUGGCCAAGAGUAGCAGCAAAACAAUGUACGGUGACUGUGAACCAGACGUGCGGACGGACAAGAUUAACAAACUGCUUUCCAAACUGCAUAUAGCACUGGACUACGAAACCAUCAACCAGUCCGUGCUAAACGCGACCAAGGAGAGCAACAGUAGUAGUAGUAGUGGCGCAGGUGCUAACACCCAGAACAGUAAAGAAAACGCCGACGGAAAGAACCGGUCGGCAGCGCAACAGCAACACGAUAGCACCAGAUCGGCCUUCCUGGCGGGCCAAUCGGAAGAACGGGUGCAGGCGCUUAGCAUCAUCAUGCUGCAUCUCUGCUCCGGUCUGCAGUACGUUCAGGGUAAUCUCGGUCAAUGAGAAUAGCAUUUGCUUCGGCAGUACUCGCUGGGCUCGUCAUUGCUAGAGGCUACCACCACCAGCGGCAGGCUACCGGAGCUGAUGA